CUCCUCCCUCCCCGAUUCGUCGGGCGAGGACCAAGGUCGCCCCCCACGGGCCCGUUGGUGCGCUGCCCUUCUGCUCGGCGCAAAAGGUGCGCUCCAGGCCGCCUGGCAUCCCGUCCGCCUUUCGCCACUCUUGCGUUCUCGCACUCUGGCUGAAUCCAACCGUCCGCUCCCUCUUCACAAAUCACAUCCGAUGGCAAGCAGCGCCGGUGGCAGGGACUACUUUCUCGAGGUCUUGCAGCACCCCAGCCGUGCUCGCAGCUGUGGAUGGGGCGAUAGCUCGGACUUUAGGCCAAUAGAUCCGCCAAGCAUCCUGCAGCUUUUCGCCAGGACGCCCGACGGCCGGAUCCUGAAGAGCCCGAGAGACAUCUAUGAAGCCAUCAAUUUUGUCGUGCACGUCAAGUUGUGGUCUAACGAAGGCGAUCGCGACCAGAGCUUCACACCCAAGCCGAUAUCCCGACGAGGACGAAAACCCAACAAAGCCAAGCUCCAGUCGCUGAUGCUGCUGCAGGCGCCACCUGUUGUGUAUGAUGCGAUGCCGAAGCCCCGGAUCGCGGAAAAAUCCGAGGAGCUCGAAGACCACGACGAUCCUGAGGGGCCCGAUGAGCUCGGGGAGCACGGCAUGACGGAGGACGUGAUAGCGCCGUCGCAGCGCAGCGGCUCAACAGGAGCAUCGUCGACAUCCGUGACGACUCCAGCGAUAGCCUCGGCAGCAUCGGUAUCCGCAGCAGCAACGGCAGCAGGAUUAGCAUCAGCGUCAACAUCGACCCCGCCGGUGGCAUCCAUGACUAGGGCAGUAGCAGCCGCAGCCCCAGCCGCUGUGUCGUCACCUCUCGGGGUGGCAUCGAUAUCGCCUACCACGACAAUACCGCCUAUGGCAGGCCCACCUCCGCUCCAUAUGGCGCUGUUCGGAAACCUGGUAUCGCAGUCGUACUUUUUGACCGGAAUGAACGAGGAACGAGGGGUGUUUUUCAUUUUCGAUCAAAUCUGCCUCCGCGUCGAGGGCCGGUACCGGCUCAAGUUCUUUCUCAACGAUGUCUUCCACAGGUGAGGGCCUGAGCGUUAUUUGCACGUCGGACAUCGGCUCCGUCUGGGAGGAUCCAAAGGGGAGCCUUCAGUCGCCGGCUGCAGCAGCUUGGGGGAGGGAUAGCAGGCCAUACCGCAUGCGAAAGUUUGCAGCCUGUGGCAUCACAGAGUCUGGAGGGGCAAAGGGAGCCUACGAAGCGGAUUGCGCCUGACCAAGGGGGGAAGAGCGAGCAGCGUCUUGACCCGAAGGAGAUGGGCCAGAGUCAACGUCGAUGGCAGCGAGCUGCAGAGAAUGGCCGGACGGGAGGGCCUCGGACAGGCCCUUGGCUGGUAGUUUUGUACCUUCGACCUGCAUAUAUAGCGGUUGCGAGUGGCUGUUCUUUGGUGUAUUUGUGGGGCUGGAGACUGUGGACGACCCAACGCAGCGCUGUGAUUGUUGGGCUUGGA